AUGGAGUUGAGCUUGGGAAUUUUAUUUCGCGGAUUUAACGUUUCGUGAGUUUUUUUCUUUCACAAUAAUGCGUUUUUUUGCAAAGCUGUAUAGUAUUUUCUGUUUGCUUCAUCGAUCCAAGAUUUGAAGAAAAUGAAAAAAACUUCAUAAAAAUAAAUUUUUUUCAAUUUAUUUGAAAAAAAUUUGAAAAAUCGAGAAAAAAAUGAUUUUUAAAAUGAAGUUUAUUUCAGGAAAUGUAUACUCUAUUUGAGUUUACUCUUAUUUGUUAUCCUGGUUUCAUUGAAACUGGAUAAUCGCGUCGGCUUCAGCUACGCCUUCGUUUUUGCCCCAUUGUGGUCCUGUAAUCUUUUGGUUUUCGCAGGAGCUAUCAUUGGGGCUUGCUCUUUUUGCGCCAAGCCGCCGUCUCGGUUCGUUCUGAAGCUUUUUUGUUUUUGAAACCUGUCUUUAGUGUUUAAAGAUUUAUAUGAUUUUCUUUUCAACCUGCGCCUUGAAAGGCCUGAAACCACUUUGUCGUUUGGAAGGGUUUCAAUUUGCAGCCCCCAGAAAAAAAAGAGAAGAACCGCCAUUUUUUUUUUCUCCCAAUAGCAAUCACCCCAGCUUUUCCCAGUGUAUCUGAAUUUUUCAUUUUAUGAUGAUUCAAGGAGGAAAUCAUUUGUUUUCCAGAAACGAAAUCGCCCUACGAGUCGACUUCGCAGCGAUGCUUCUCACUGCCGUUGAACACGUCUUUCUCUGUGCUUUUGUUACUUUCGCUUUUGUCAAGGUUAUUUUUUUAUCAUUUCGAGUUUGAUUUUGUGAAAGAAAAGGCUAUAAAUAACAUUCAAAAAAAUAUUUUUAACUCCAACAAAUUCAUCUAAAAAAAUUGGCCAGUUACUUUUUCUGAUGUACGAGAUGAGUCUCAACCUGUAAAACUUUCUCUUUUUUGAAAAUUUCAUCAAAAUAGGCCAUUUUUGUACUUUGAGCCUUGCUUCCCAGAAAACUAAGUUUUUUGCUGAUUGCAAAGUUUCUGAAACGUUUUUUGGUAUCCCACAAUGAGGUCAUUUCACUCAGCGACUUGGAUUUUCCUACCAAUUUGCUCAAACCAUCUCUGAAGGUCUAGAUGAAGAUCCCUCAUAGUCGCUACCUGUACACAUUUCUAGUUCUUGAGAUAUUAUUUUUCAAAAUUCGGGUUAGACCCCAAUAGGAGGCCAUUUCACUCGGCGACCUGGAAUUUUCUACAAAUUCGCCCAAAAAUUCUCUGAAUGUCUAGAUGAAGAUCCCUCGUAGUCGCUACCUGUACACAUUUCUAGUUCUUGAGAUAUUAUUUUUCAAAAAUCGGGCUAGACCCCAAAAAGAGGUCAUUUCACUCGGCGACUUGGAUUUUCCUACAAAUUUGCUCAAACCAUCUCUGAAGGUUUAUAUGAAGAUCAAUGGAAGUUGGAACCCCCGCAAGCUUUUAUUUUUUGAGAUAAUUAAUUUUAAAGUUUGAAAAGUUGAAAUCCAUUUUUGGCAACUUUGAAAAAUCAUAAAAACUAGAAGUUUGCGCAGGUAGCGACUAUGAGGGAUCUUUAUCUAGACGUUCAGAGAGUGUUUGAGCAAAAUCUUAGAAAAUGACCUUCCUUGUGAGAUUUAGUGAGGAUUAAUCCAGAGUGAAGCUUUUUUCAGUUGGAACUCGAGCCAUUCCUUCCCUUCGAACACGAAAUUCCAUGGACGAUCGUCUUUUGUCCAUUAUUCACCUUGGCCAUCGUUUCCGUCGGCGUCGCCAUUUGGGCUAUGCGACAUGAUAAACCCUUCGAGGUGGUUAUUUCUCACAAAAUGAAAUUUUAGUAUUUCUAUGUUCCUAAGCUUCGAAAUUUGCUAUAGUCUGUUCAGAUUUUGAAUGUCAAGUCGUCGCUCAAGCUCCGCCCAUAAUGGUGCGAUAAACCAAUCAGAGAGCGGGGCCAUCCACAGAGUGUUUUUGAAUGAGGUCAUUCCACUUGACAUUAAAAAUCUGAAAAGACUAAAAAUUGUGAUGAAAAUCAGAAAUCACUUUUUAAAGACCGUGAAUUUUAGUAUGCCGGAAAAGUCGGUUUUUAUGGUGCUAUUUUUGGAUUUUCCGAAUUUUUAAUAGUUUUAGGCCAUAUCAAGGUGUCAACGGUUUUAAAGUACGCAUUUCUUCAAAGAAUUCUCGAAAAUUGUAGUCAUUAAAUUUACAAAAAUCCAAUUUUCUAUUUUCGCCAAUCUCAAAAUCUUGAUGAACACUAUUUUGCGGUUUCAGAUAAAGUUGAAAACGUUGAAAUGAGAUUAUUUAAAGAAACACAAAAUCUCCCAUUUUGGGCCGCCUAUAUUUGGACAGGCUGGAAAAGUCGGUCGGUCAGUUUGGAAAACUAGGCCACGCCGCAAUAUUGCUCCAUGGAACACUUAGAAUUCCAAUCUUUUUUUUUCUUUUCUGAAUUUUUUUCCUUUUUUUAAAUUUUACCAAGAAGGUUUUCGCUUAUUUUCAUUUAACUGUAUCGUUCUUGCGAGUCUCAUUUCUACCUUCCGAGUGGUCGCUCUUCAUUUCCGCUCUCGCCUGAGAUAUAAUCCGACGCCCGCCAGCCCUGGACAAGCUGGGCGCCGUACUGUUCCUACAUGGAGAAGCAGUGAUCGCCGGAGCGCUCGAAAGUCGUCUACUACUAUCAAAAGAGAGACGAGAGGCUCUACGCGCGCGCCGUCUACGCUUGAUCAACAACAGUUUCGCGAACCGACAAACAGCUCUUCAAUGAUUCCAUGAUUCAGCAGAGAAACCUUCUCUGAAGACUGAAUAAAAGUUUCAAAGUUUCAAAGUUCUUGCGAGUAAAAUACGAUGGAUAAAUUCAAAAUUAAAAACUGAUUCAAUUUUUGAAAAUUCUUAUUAAUUUUUCUUGAAUCCAAAAUAUCUUCAGAUAACCAAAUGAGCGAAAUGAAAAAAAGCAUAUGUGAUCUGAAAAUGAGAUAAUGUGUUAAAUACACACGAAAAAAAGGCAAGAAAAAAAUAUUACCUACAACAAAAGGUGAAAAAAAUUACCUAGGGAAACAAUUGUAAAUAAAGAACAGUUUAGUUUGGAGUAAGGAGCACGUGUCGCAUAUCCUAGAAAACUGAUAAAAGUAAGGAAUAAUAUAGAAAAAGGGAAAAAAGUCUGAAAUUCGAUUUUCCAUGGAGCAAAAUUACGGCGUGGCCUAGUUUUCCAAAUCGACCGACCGACUUUUCCAGCAUGCCCUAUAUUCGCUUCUUCUACGCGUUUUGGACACUUUAACAAUUUCAAAAAAGCGACCGUCUUUUCCAGAAUUCCGUGAAUUUUCACCCUUUUCUAAAAGAAAAUCUUAUAGUUCCGAUUUUUUUUAUGACAAUAUAUUUCCAGUUCGAGUUCCUCUACGCCAUAAACAUUGUCGAGAUGGUUUUUGUCGCGUUUAAGCUGGAUAAACAGGUAAUUUUUCUCGGUUCCCUAGAAGGAUAAUGCAAUUUUUUCAAAGGUUGACUGGUCUUGGGCGGUCGUUUUUAUUCCCCUUUGGGUGGUCCUGUCCCUUUCUGCCGUUGGAGUCGUUUACGCCCUCGUUUUGUCGAUCGUCUUGGCCAGGUUUUUUUUAAAUCCCAUAAAAUUUAAUAAAAAACAGAAUAUCCACAGUGUUUUUGUUAGUGUUAGAAAAUGCGAAACCAAAAAUGAAGUGGGCGGAGCCAAAAGUUCCCAUGUGACGUCAUGAGAAAAAAGCGUACUGGAGCGCCACAACUCUUUUCUCUAACACACACUAUUUCGUCUCAAUCUAACAGCGAGAAAACGACGAAAUAGUGUAUGUCAGAGAAAAGAGUUGUGGCAUUUCGGAGUAAACAUCAGUAUUAAAGGCGCAUGUUCAAUGGGUCAUGAGACGAUUCGAAAAAACGCAAUUUUUCUGUUACCGUGUUCAAAGUGAUCCCGCGAAUUGCAAAAUAGCCAGCCGUCAGAAAGUGGAAAAUGUAACUGAAUUUCUGAAAUUUCGCGAAAAUUAACCCGGCAUGUACCAGAGCGCCGCGGUGCAUGCAGACGACACAUUACAUUUUACGGAAAAAUAAGGGUUAGGCGUUAAAAAAAGCACCGUCUAUCAUCAUUUUUUAAAUACGGUGACGCGAAGGAAUACGGUAAAAAGCUUCGAAAAUUCAUUUUUCGUUUUGAAAUUGAAUUAUUGAACCGAAAUCCUGAUUCUAGAGGAUUUUUAGCGUUUAAUGGUUUUAAAUAUUCAAUUUUUCUUUAGAGAACAGAAGAAGGUUGGCCAAGGUAUCAAGAAAAUGGAAGAGUUAUCGAUUUUUUGACUUUUUUUUUUCAAGUAAUCAAUAUUUUUUGAACAGUUCCCAGAAAGGAAAUGUUCUCAAAAUUCUCCCAUUUUCAGGUCCCGUCACUUCCUGCCCUCUCACCGAAGACAACACGUUUAUUCGGCCCUCCUGCACACGAUGCUCGUCGUGCCGGCGUUGAUCUGCUUGGUUUUACUCACCGGAAAACUCGACGCUCUUCAUUGGACCGAGAAGGAGCCCGCUGCGGACAUUCCUUACACGGUUCGGACCGUUUCUUGUGUAUUUUGCAAAUGUUUCUGACAAGGAAGGUUAUUUCACUUUAAGGUCUUGAAACUUGGCCAGAACACCUUUGUUGGACCAGAAAAAGAUCCUGCAAGUGUCAACCUCCACAACUUUUUUUUUUGAGGAAAAAAGGAAACCCUUAAAAUCCGUUAAAAAUAACCCAUUUUGAGCCCUUUUUCUCGAAAAAUAGGAGUUUGUGCAGGUUGAGGCUUUCAAAAUUUUCAAUUGGUAAAUCAAGGAUUGUUCUGACCAAAUUUGAGAGAUUUACCAACUGCAUAGUAAAAUGGUCUUCCUUGUGAGGUAUCUUCAAAAGAAAAGCCGUUCUUGUAUUUUUCCUCAAUUUUGCAGCUUUUCCGUAUGUUUUUCCGCUUUUAUGGCUGUUCAAGCUUCGAUAUCUUAGCUAAGAUUUUGAAGGCUAGAAAAUUGGACAAGAAUAGAGGCAAAAAAAUUGUCAAAAUUAGCACAUAAUGGGUCCUCUAGUUUAACUGUCAAUACGGUUUUUUUCUCAGCUCAACUGCCUCAAAAUACAUUUUUUGCAACGUAAAUUCCGUCUCUCAAAGUGAAAUCAAGACUUAUGUGGUUACUUAAGGGUUUUGAAGUUGUCGGAAAGUUGUUCAAAACAUUUUUUAGCGCUUUUUUGCUAUUUUUGUUCAAGAUCUUUCUGGAAAAUUCUGUCUCAUAAGGAAGUUCAUUUCAUUUCGCGAUUAGGAGUUUCUUACGAGGGCAUUUCUUGAUGUACCAGAAGAAGAUUUUGAAAGUUUGAGCCUGGAAAAUUUUCAAGUUUUCGAGAAAUGACAAGUCAAAUAAACGUCUCGAAGUCUGUAAAAACGGGCUCAUUCUGGAGUCUGAGCCCAUAUUUCUUGAAAACUGAGAAGUAGUCUAGUUCGGGACUCUCAGAAUCUUCUUUUUAUACAUCAAGGAGUGUUCGGACCGAUUUUCAGGAAGUUCCUAAAUUCAAAGUAAGAUGACUUUCCUCCUCAGUUUUUUAUAGAACUUUGAUCGAAACUCGUUUUCCAGAUGGUCUUCCUGCCUCUGAUGCUGUCCCUGGGCCUGUCGGCAGCCAUGGCGAUCGGCGUCACUGGAACCAGCGCCAACGGAACGGCUUCCACCAACGUCUGGUGGUUCGGCCUCCGCCAGCCGUUCUGUCCCUUCAUCCUGGAGGCCUGCCCGCCCCUCCGACAGUACGCCAACGUCAGCUACAAGGUCGGCGUCCGGAAAACGAGGCCGGACACGGAGACGGAAGUGGCGUUGACCCAAGAAGCCGCGCCGGUGGUGAUCAGGGAGGUCAACGAGUGCAGACAAGGCAGUCGAGUCGACAAGAAGAAGGCGGCCGUCAGCGAGACCACGCCUCCCAACGAGCCCGGAAUCAACGUCGCCAACGCCUUGAAGGCUUAUAGAGCGGAGUAUGGACACUUUUGGAAGUCCAGCCUGACCGAGCCGGAUUGA